GAGGGAGAGGGGGAGAGAGAGAGGCAGUGAGUACGGGAAAGAGGGGACAGGCAGAGAGAGCAGCAGUCCGUCUCCGUUGGAUUCACUGUUGGUUGCUCUUGUUAAAGCUCCGUCCUCAGCACACAGCGUUUUUUUCCAGAUAGGGGAAGCAACAGAGGCCAUUUCUAAGCUUCUUUCCCCAGUCAGUCAAAACCUGAAGGACUAUGACUGAUCGACCCAUCUCCCAAUUCAAAGAGAUCCUACUGGGAAGAUAGAACAUUUGUGACCAGUACAUUAUACGCCUCUGCAAAAAUGAGGACUAUCUUACCGGGCCUUGUAUGGUUCUGUCUUGGCCUGUACCUGGAUGCAUUUUCUCUGACUGGACAGAGGACAAAGACAGAAGGUGGAGGUGGAACUGAAGCAGCAAUCGGAGGAGACAAGGUGCUCAAGAGAGUGAGACGAGGCUGGAUGUGGAACCAGUUUUUCCUGCAGGAGGAGUAUACAGGCAGCGACUACCAGUAUAUUGGCAAGCUCCAGUCAGACCAGGACCAUGGCAAUGGCUUAGUCAAGUACGUUCUCUCUGGUGAGGGGGCCGGCACCAUCUUUGUCCUUGACGAGAAUAACGGUGACCUGCACGCCACUCGCCGCCUGGAUCGUGAGGAGAAGGCUUUCUAUAUCCUCAGGGCCACAGUCGUCAACAAACGGACAGGUCAAAAGCUGGAGCCAGAGACCGAGUUCACAGUCAAACUCCACGACAUCAACGAUAACGAGCCUCAGUUCAGCAAAGAAGUUUACACCGGCAGUGUACCUGAGAGGUCUGAUAUCGGUACAUCAGUCAUCCAGGUGACAGCUACAGACGCUGAUGACAGCAUGUAUGGAAACAGUGCCAAACUGGUCUACAGCAUCAGCCAGGGACACCCGUACUUCUCUGUGGAUCCAAAUACAGGUGUGAUCCGGACAGCCUUGGGCCCUGGUGACAUGGACCGUGAGCAGAGGGAGCACUACCAGGUGGUGAUCGAAGCCAAAGAUAUGGCCGGACAGAGAGGAGGGCUCACUGGGACCACGGUGGUUAACAUCAGCCUCACUGAUGUCAACGACAACCCUCCCCGCUUCACUCAGAGUAUAUACCAGUUCAGAGUUCCUGAAUCCUCCAAGUCUGGAACUCAAGUUGGGAGGAUUACAGCCACCGACAGAGACAUCGGGAAGAACGCUGAGAUGUAUUUCACCAUCGUCAGCGGAGAUGGCAUGGACAUGUUCGACAUCUCCACUGACAAAGACACCCAGGAGGGAAUCAUUACCGUCAGCAAGCCUUUGGAUUAUGAGAGGAAGCAGUCCUACACAAUAGAGAUCCAGGUUCAGAACACCCAGGUGGACCCUCGCUUCAUGUCUGCAGGCUCCAAAGACAUGGCCACGGUUCGGAUCGGUGUGGAGGACGUGGAUGAGCCACCGCUGUUUGACAAAGCCAGCUAUCUGAUGGAGGUGAAGGAAGACGCUGCAGUGGGCGUGGCCGUGGGCUCGGUCAGCGCCAUGGACCCCGAUGGAGCUCGCAGCCCUGUCAAGUACUCUAUUGACCGGCGCACAGACAUGGACCGGCUGUUCAAUGUCCAUCCAGGGAAUGGAUCUGUCUUCCUGCUCAAAAGCCUGGACAGAGAGGAGACUGCCUGGCAUAAUAUUUCAAUCAUCGCCACUGAGUUCAAUAAUCCUCGUCAGAGCAGCCAUGUUCCAGUCUACGUCCGCCUGCUGGACAUCAAUGACAACGCUCCUACCUUUGCCACUGUGUAUGAAACCUUCGUCUGUGAGAGGACCAAGGCUGGUCAGCGGAUCCAGACAGUGAGUGCUGUUGAUGCCGAUGAGCCGUCAACAGGACACAAGUUUUUCUUCAGCCUCGCUCCUGAGGGGACCCACCGCAGUAACUUCACUGUUCGAGACAAUGGAGAUAACACCGCCGGCAUCCUGACACGUCGAGCCAGCUACAGCCGCCUUCACCAGAGCAUCUACCUGGUUCCUGUGGUGAUCACCGAUGGCGACUACCCCAUGCAGAGCAGCACCGGGACCCUCACUGUGCGGGUGUGCACCUGUGACCAUGAAGGCAACAUGGAGCUGUGUAACGCUGAGGCUUUGAGCAGCUCUCCUGGCCUCAGUACCGGAGCACUCAUUGCCAUCCUCCUGUGUGCCAUCAUACUGCUGAUGAUCGUGGUUCUGUUCACCGCAUUGAAACGCCAAAGAAAGCAAGAGCCUCUGAUCAUCUCCAAGGAGGACGUCCGGGACAACGUAGUGAGCUACAACGAUGAGGGCGGAGGCGAGGAGGACACCCAGGCCUUCGACAUCGGAGCGCUGCGUCACCCAGAUGCUGCCGCUGCCUUGGAGGAGUCCACCAAACAGAGGCGCGACAUCAUCCCCACCGACACCCUGCUGUACCCGCCACACCGCCGACCCGCCCCCGCCACCUCCAGCCUCAUCAUGCCGCCGGUCAGCAUGGCAUCACGGGAUAACGGGGACGUACGUGAGUUCAUCAACCAGAGAGUUCUAGAGAACGACUGCAACCCAACAGCACCGCCGUACGACUCGCUGGCCACCUACGCCUACGAGGGCGCGGGCUCGGUGGCCGAGUCACUGAGCUCGCUGGGCUCGGCCUCAUCCGAAGCUGAGCAGGACUACCACUACCUGAGUGACUGGGGGCCCAGGUUCAGGAAACUAGCUGACCUGUAUGGAGCCGAGGACAGCGACUUCUCCUAACAAAGACACUCACAAAUUCAACACACACACACUCACACACAUACACACACACACAAUUCCGCAUCAAAGAAAGGUUCAGGAAACAUUAUGACCAGUGCAGCAACGUUUAACUACCACAAACUCAAUAUUAGAGAUUGUGAUGAGCUUUAAGAAGAUGUAAAAAAACUUUUAAAAAAAGAACAAACACUCCACAUGAUGAACUAACAGAUGCGUUGGCAGAUGUUAGUUCCAUUUAAUGGAAUAUUCAAGAACACCACCAGAUCCUUGACCUGCCAUCACUACACAUGGAUCCAAAAAUGAAGCUUAGUCAUUUACAAAAGUCCUAAAUAUCUGUUUUUGGGAGCGGGAACUAAUGGAUGUAGAAAUGUAAAUCAACCAGCACAGCGGUGGAGCCCAAAGAUCUGUAGUUCCACCAGUGUUAACCUCUUCAAAGACUCAUUUCAGGCCUGAGUGGAGUUUUGAAUCAAAAUUGGACAGUAUUUUUAUUGAGAAUUGGAUUUUUCCUACUUUCAGGCUUUGCUUUAAUCUCUCCAGGGUUACCAAAUAACCACUGAGUGUUUCCUGUGGCUUUACAUGUGCCAUUCAAGGCAAGCUGAAUGGAGGGAAGUGUUUUCCAGUCAGGUCAUUCAACAAAAACCCUGUGUAGUUAUUUCAGGACUGGACCGGAGUUCUUUUUAUUUCUUUUUGACUAAGUGCCCUUCUGCUGCCCUUCGAGCUGAACUGUGGACGCCUGUUGGCUGGCUGAGACUGGAGGGGGCUAAUGACUCUUACAUGAUUGCUUUCUUUGUCUUUUUUGCUGUCUUGUACAAAGUGAUCAUUCCAGAGGAGCUGUUCUGAAGGAUCCUCACUUGUAACGCCUUCUUCGGGACACAGAGUAAAAAGAGGACAACUCAUAUGACUAAAUGCACUGAUUUCUUUAUGUUUAUGCAGGUUUUUAGAUUUUUUUUUUUUUUUUUUGGUUGAUUUCUUUGUGCUGCACACAAAAAGAUAUGUGUUCAAGGCAUCAUUUCUAGAUUUUUAGCUUCUUGAUUAAGUGUAUAUUGUGUUAGAAAUGUGGUUUAACUGAGUUAUAUCGGAGGUAUAAGUUCUAUAAAUCUUUCAUUUUACUGCAGCCUUUUUUCUAUAACAAAAUACGUCAUACAGACAGUUUAAAACAACAAUGUUGAACAAUGUUUAAAAAAAAAAGUAUUUUGAUUGAGAAUAUGCUCUAUCUUAAAAGAACGUGUGGAAGCCCUGUCUUAUCAGUGGGGCUGUCACUUUUUAUUCAAAAUUCAAGUAUUUGAAGAUGUGGAAAAAAUAAAUAGUUGAUCUAUAAUGAACUUGCAGCUCUAAAUUCAGGCCAAUCAUAAAAUGCAGCGUGAGUCUGAUCUUUUUCCCGCCCUCUUGCCCUCUCAGUAAACUAGGUAGUUGUAGUUUUCUCCGUUAAAGCGGCCCUAAUCAAUAUUUUUGUGUUAACAAUUGAUCAAAAUGACCAUUUAUAAUGUGAAAAAUGUUGCUCGUAGUAACAAACACACAGAAAUUAUUAGUCUACUCUGCAGUUCCCCCUCAGCUCUACAAAGCAUUUUAGCCUCUUUUAGCUCAUUAUUUUGGUUUUUACGUACUGCAACUUUACUGUUUUG